UCGUAUUAAGAAAACGUAACGUAGCGCAGCGGACGGGUUGAGUCCUGCGACUUGGUGUGUUUGUGCAGUAGUGUGCGCCAAGGUAUCAUACGGGCAUGUGUGAUGAUUUUUGGUGAUUUUCUGUGGGAUAUUGAAAAGGGUCGGGCUUGUUUACUAGGUCACUCACUGGCACGUUAAGCAUCGGCGGGAAGCCGAUCCGACCGAUGUUGUUGUCGUCUCGCGCUGCUGUGUGAUUGUGCGUCACCGCCGUCGCCCACAGACACGAAAAAUAGGCGGCGGACUGAAUUCGCGCCGAGCAGCCAUGGCCCCGACGCACCGCUCAAGAAGUCGCAGUUUGGAGCGCCUGAAGACGAAGCGGAGAAGCGCGUCGGGCAGCGGAAGCGACGGGAGCAGGAGGAGCUCCUCGGCCGAACACAGCAGAUCCGAGCCGAGGCCUCGGUGGGCCGAUCAUCCGGGGGACAGGUCCCGUUCGAGGCUCCACAAAGUGAGCCGCUCCAGGUCCAGAUCCAGAGAGAGGGAGAGGGGCGCCUGGUCCAGCCAGCGGGAUCAUGUGAGACACCCCCACGGUCCGAGGUUCGACUACUUCGACAAAACGGAUGACAUCCUACGGCAGAGACAGGAGGCCUUCAUAGCCCGGCGGCUGCAGGAGCGGGAGAGGAUUGGGGAACUGGGCUCUCCGGAGGUCUGGGGCUUGUCGCCAAAAGUCAGAGAGCCUGACUCAGACGAACACACCCCUGUAGAGGCAGACAUGAAAAACAGUAGUUCUGAGUCCAGUGCAGAAGAGGAAGAGAAAAAGAAGAAAAGAAAAAAGAAGAAGAAGAAAAGGUCCAAAAAGAAGAAGCAUCGAAAGCACUCCGAAGACAGUGAAUCAGAGAGUGACUCUGAGGAUGAGGAAGAACUGAAAAAGAAAAGGAAGAAGAAGAAAAAAGGCAAAAAGAAGAAGUCCAAGAAGAAGAGGAGCAAGAAGAGCCACAAGUCUUCCAGCGAUUCAAGCAGCGAUGGCUCGGAGGAGGAGGAGGAGGAAGACUUGAAUGGGGACCUGUGGGUGGAGAGGACCUGCAAAGAUGGUGGGAUAGUGGGACCCGAGGCACCACUGACACACCUGUCCCAGGAUGACAAACCUCUUGAUUUCGGUCAUGCGCUGCUGCCGGGUGAAGGUGCCGCAAUGGCAGAGUACGUGAAGGCAGGCAAGCGCAUCCCUCGAAGAGGUGAAAUCGGGCUGACCAGCGAGGAAAUUGCUGACUUUGAGAAAUCGGGAUACGUCAUGAGUGGCAGCAGGCAUCGGCGCAUGGAGGCGGUGCGUCUGAGAAAGGAAAAUCAGAUUUACAGCGCAGACGAAAAGAGGGCCCUUGCUUCCUUCAACCAGGAGGAGCGUAGAAAGCGAGAGAGCAAGAUCCUGUCCAGCUUUCGUGAGAUGGUGUACAGAAAAACAAAAGGCAAAGAGGAGAAGUAAAUCCUGGUAUGGGGGAACAGAUUGUUUUUUGUGUGUAUGAUUU